CACACACACACACACACACACUGAGCACAGCCUCCUCCUCAUGUGCACACACCCAGGCCUUGGUAAAGUGUGCACAGUUAGUCUUUUAUGUGCACAGACCAUUACUCUGUCAAAUAAAAAACAAAUCCGAAUUUAGCAGGAAAGACUUUAUUCAAAAAGACUAUUACAAGGAGGGUAGAAUAGGACUAUCCUGUCACACACAUCCAUGCGAAGAGAGUCCACCAACAGACUUUGUAACAGCUCGUGCCCUCCAGCUCUUGCCUCAACACCUGGGUGGCUUGCUUCCCACACCCAGGCCCACCCACGGCUGUCGAUGGACCAGUCAGCACACACUGCAUCCCCUCUGCAGUCCAUAAAAGCCCCAGGCUCAGCCAGAGCAGGGCAGAGAAAAAGAGAGACAUUGGGAUGACAAGCUGCAGAGAGGAGCUACCCUCUCUGCUGAAAGCUGCAGUGAGGAUGGGAUGACCUGCUGGGCAAAGAGCAGCUACCCUCUCCAAGGCCUCCUCUCUGCUGAGACCUGCAGAUAUCAGGAGGACCAGAGACGAACUACCCUGUCUGGGGUCUCCGCUCUGCUGAGAGCUGAACACACAGAAGGAUGACCUGCCUACCGAGAGGAGCUGCCCACUGUGAAUCUUCUCGGAGCUGCUCUAACACUCAAUAAAGCUCCUCUUCAUCUUGUUCACCCUCUACUUGCCUGUGUACCUCAUUUUUCCUGGAUGCAAGACAAGAACUCCGGCGAAGGUGCCAGGAGCCACAGAUGUUUCCGACCAGGAAAGUGACACCCUAAAGGUUCUGUAACAGUAUUAUGGGCCGCGUGAGUAGCCGCGCGCCCGGAAGGCUCCGGGACCGUGGCGGCGGGCGGCGGCGGCAGCGCAGCCCUCCGCGGGCCGUGUCCUCUCCGGCGGUGGCGAGGAGUUCCCCGGGAGGGAGUCGGGAGAUGGCCCCGGCGCCGCAGGGCCGAGGCCGGUUCUGGGAAGUGGGCGGCGGCAGCGGCCUUCGGCUGGAGCGCGCGGCCGCGGAGUCGGAGCGCUGGGACCUGCUGCUCCGCCUGGGGGAGCUGCUGGCGCUGGGCGGCCACCUGAAGGGCGCGCUGGAGACGUUCGCGGCGGCGCUGCGCCGCGGGGCCCACGCCAGGCCCGAGUGCCUGGGCGCCCUGGUGGACUGCCUGGUGUUCAACUACCCGCUCCGCUGCGGGCUGAGCUGGAGCGCGGCCCCGGCUGCGGGCGCGGACGGCGGCGCCUGCGGGCUCCUCAGAUGCCUGGGCUGCCUGGGCUUCCUGAGCGAGCCGGCCGUGCCCUGUGGCCACAGCUACUGCCGCCGCUGCCUGCGGAGGGAACUCUGCUCCCGCUGCCGCCUCUGCCCGGACCGGCUGCCGCCCGCCACCGCCAGUACCACUGAUGCUGAAGGGACCGACCCGCGGCCGCCGCCUGUGGCGGCCGCCAUCGCCGCCUCAGACUUCAGAACCAGCGUCGUCCUCAACCACCUGGCGGAGAAGUGGUUCCCGGGCCAGCGCGAGCAGGCCCGGGCGGCUGGCAGACUCGGGGAGCUGCUGCACCAGGGACGCUACCGGGAGGCCCUGGCCGCCGCCUGCGAGGCGCUGCGAGCAGAGCCCAGUGACUUGAUUGUAAAAAUGUACAGAGCGGAAGCAUAUGCUGGUCUCCAAGAGUUUAAAGCAGCCAUAGAAGAUUUAAAUGCAGUUCUUUUUCCACUUCCAGAUUGGCCUGAGGGCUACUUCAGAAAAGGAAAAGUACUCUAUGUUGCUGGUUUUUUAGGUGACGAUGCCUUACAACUCUUUCUUCAGUGCUUAGCCCUUGAUGAAGAUUUUGCACCUGCAAAGCUGCAAGUGCAAAAGAUUUUAUGUGAUUUAUUAUUACCUGAAAACUUAAAAGAAGGCCUGAAGGAAUCUUCCUGGAGUUCAUUACCAUGUACUAAAAACAGACCUUUUGAUUUUCCUUCAGUGAUGGAAGAGUCUCAGUCUCCCAGUGAACCUAGCCCAAAGCAGAGUGAAGAAAUACCAGAGGUCACUUCAGAGCCCGUCAAAGGAAGCUUAAACCGUGCUCAGUCAGCACAGUCUAUACAUUCAACAGAAACGCCUGCCAGAGAGGACCGUUUAAAAAGAGUGUCCUCAGAACCUGUUCUGUCUGUUCAAGAAAAAGGUGUUCUGCUGAAAAGAAAGUUGUCUCUUUUAAAACAGGAUGUGAUUGUAAAUGAAGAUGGAAGAAAUAAGCUUAAAAAACAAGGAGAAACUCCCAAUGAAGUCUGUAUAUUUUCCUUAGCUUAUGGUGAUAUUCCAGAAGAAUUCAUCGAUGUCUCGGAUUUCGAGUGUUCUGUCUGCAUGAGGUUGUUUUUUGAGCCAGUAACAACCCCUUGCGGACAUUCAUUCUGUAAGAAUUGUCUUGAGCGUUGUUUAGAUCAUGCACCAUAUUGUUCUCUUUGCAAAGAAAGCUUAAAAGCGUAUCUAGCAGAUAGGAGGUACUGUGUCACACAGCUGUUGGAAGAAUUAAUAGUGAAGUAUCUGCCUGAUGAACUGUCUGAGAGAAAAAAAUAUGAUGAAGAAACUGCUGAACUCUCACACUCGACCAAGAAUGUUCCAACAUUUGUUUGUACUAUGGCCUACCCCACUGUGCCUUGCCCUCUCCAUGUAUUUGAGCCAAGAUAUAGACUGAUGAUUCGAAGAAGUAUACAGACUGGAACCAAACAGUUUGGCAUGUGUGUCAGUGAUAUACAAAAUAGUUUUGCAGAUUAUGGUUGUAUGUUACAAAUUAGAAACGUGCAUUUCUUACCUGAUGGAAGGUCUGUGGUUGAUACAGUUGGAGGAAAGCGGUUUAGGGUUUUAAAAAGAGGAAUGAAAGAUGGAUAUUGCACUGCCGACAUUGAAUAUCUGGAAGAUGUUAAGGUUGAGAAUGAAGAUGAGAUUAAGAAUCUCAGAGAGCUUCAUGAUUUGGUUUACUCUCAAGCCUGCAGCUUGUUUUAGAAUUUAAGAGACAGAUUUCGACGCCAAAUUCUUCAGCACUUUGGAUCAAUGCCCAAGGGGGAGGAAAACCUUCAGGCAACCCCUAAUGGACCCGCAUGGUAUUGGUGGCUUCUUGCAGUUCUCCCUGUACGUCCAUGAUACCAGCUGUCAGUUUUGUCAAUGAAGUCUUUGAAAGAACGGUUGACAAAGAUACAGCAUAUACUGACCUAUUUUUCUAGAGACCAAUCUAAGUAACUGCUUGGAUCUCCCUUUAAAAUUACCCUAAUCUGGCCGGGCGCGGUGGCUCAAGCCUGUAAUCCCAGCACUUUGGGAGGCCGAGACGGGCGGAUCACGAGGUCAGGAGAUCGAGACCAUCC